GUAUCACAACAAAACAUUAUUUAAAAAAUUUUAUAUCAUUAUUUUCAAAAAAGCCACUGCUUGGAAAUUGAAUUGAAUUAUUUUCAAAAUGAAUCAAAUGAAUAUGCACGUACCGAUGAAUACCGUAGGUGGUCAACCUAAUGUUGGUAUGCAAAUGCCAGUUGCUGGACCCAUCAUGCAGCAACCUUCGCCGCAACAAAUGCAACCGGCUAUGUCUCAACAAACACAACAAGAUAAAAUGGAUAAUAUUUCUAAAGUUAAAACUCUAAUGGGUUCUCUCCGUGAAUCUUUGACCAUGAGCUUGAAAACUGGGGCGCAAAUAUUACAUCAAAAUCAUUGUAUUGAUUCCAAUCCUCAAAAAAGCCUUGACAAUCCAGUGCCGAGGUUUGAUAAAAAUUUAGAAGAGUUUUUCUCAAUUUGUGAUCAGAUGGAACUACAUUUGCGCACCGCAAUGACUUGCAUCCAACAAGCACAGUCAGCAGCUCACUACUUGCCGCUCACCGUCAACACCUCAAGACUAGACUCCGGACCACCAACACAAGAUACCCAGCUAACGUAUCCGCAGUAUCUAAACACGGUUCGUCUUCAAAUAUCCUACGCCAAGGAUAUCCAUGACACACUCGUCGCCGCCGCACAAAACAUAUCCACCGAAUGACCAGAGAGGAAUUAAAACAAAUUGUAAAGAGUGAAAGUGUAUUUAUAAGGAAUAAGUGUAAUCUGUAAAUUAAAAUUAUGUU